AUGCCGCUGCCUUCCAUUCGCAGGACCCCUAUCGACGAAUUCAACCGUUCCCAGCCGCUGCUAACGCUCGCGUUCCCUACCCUCUACCCUGACGGCAAGGCCGACUUCGUGGAGCCUCGCCUACGGAACAUCACGUACCAGGACUACCUUGGCCAUGCGAUGAGAUGGCAUGACGGACGUUUUGCCCGCCAUAAGACGUGGCCUUUCGUCGCCCUCAACACGCUGUUACAGGAAGCGAUGGCUGAGCCUGACGAGCCAGAGGCUCAGGACCUGAUCCAGUCGAUCACGCGCCAAGCCGCGGUAAUCAGGGGCACCCGGCCACCUGGCCUUUUCGUUACUGCAAAGUGGAAAGCAGCUCCUGAGGCGGCGCGCAUGGUCCUGUCCCGGCAACUACUGCGAGACAACGCCCACAUCGCCGCUUACCACUUCCAUAAGCGUUAUACGCUGUUUAGGACUACUGUCCUGAAGCAGAAGUUCAACCUAACGGACUUUUGGGGCCGUUACGAGUGGCAGGGCAGGGGUUCCAGUCACCACCACGGCCUAUAUUGGCUAAGUGGCCACCCAGACUUAGAUCCUGACAACGAUCAGUCCCGGGAGCAAUUCGCCCGCAUCUGGGGAUAUCACGUAUCUGCUGUCAACCCAGAGCCUCAGCGAAUACAGGGCGAGAGGAACGAUGGCCAGAUUAACCACUACAACCGCUUGCUUACCGUUGCGUGGCUAGCCAAUACAGAUGUUUCGCCCUGCACGAGCCUCCAGCAGGUAAUCGAUUACGCGGCCAAAUACUGCUCCAAGUCGGAAAAGAAGAGCGAGUCUUUUGCCCAGAUUGGGAGGCUUUGA